ACACACGGGUCUGUGCGGCCUCCGGCUCACCCGGCUGUCCCUGGCACCACAUGGGAGCCUCGGGCCCAGCCCAGCCGGAACUUCCUGAACCUCACCAACAAGCGGAAGGAGUACUCAGAGCGGCGCAUCAUUGGGUACUCCAUGCAGGAGAUGUACGAUGUGGUGGCCAAUGUGGAGGACUACAAGAACUUCGUGCCCUGGUGCAAGAAGUCGGUGGUGGUGUCGCGACGCUCGGGCCACGUCAAGGCGCAGCUGGAGGUUGGCUUCCCGCCUGUGCUGGAGUGCUACACAUCCAUCGUCACCCUCGUCCGCCCGCACCUUGUCAAGGUGAGUUGCUUCCCCCCUACCGACGGGCGCAUCUUCAACCACCUGGAGACCAACUGGCGCUUCAGCCCUGGCAUCCCUGGCUACCCACGCACCAGCACUGUGGAUUUCUCGAUCUCCUUCGAAUUCCGCUCCCUGCUCCACUCCCAGCUGGCCACU